AACGAGCCGGAAGCGGAAGCGAGCUGUCAGGAAACCGAGGGAGCCGAAGCGGCAGAAGCAGGAAAGGAGCGUGGCGGUACCUUACAGGUGUAAUAAUUCACGGCGGUAGCUCGGGCUGAAGAGGCGGCUCUUUCCCGAGGUAGUGCCGGCGGCUUCGCAUCCUGUGCAGCCGCAAGCGCGGAAACCGGGCGGAAUGGUGAUCUCUGAUAAAAUGGAAGUUCUAAUUGUACUUAUUGGACUCUGGGUGAACUUCUCUGUUGUGAAAGCAGAUUCAAAAGCAGUUACAACAUCUUUGACUACAAAGUGGUUUUCCACACCAUUAUUACUUGAAGCAAGUGAAUUUUUGGCAGAAGAUAGUCAAGAGAAAUUCUGGAAUUUUGUGGAAACUUGCCAAGACUUUGGAUCAUCUAAUCACGAUGGUACUGAUUACUCCACUUACAAUGCAAUGCUGCAGGCAGCUUCCAAGAAUCUUUCACCUUUGCAACAGAACUUGCUGAAAUUUGCCUUAUCUCUCCGAUCUUAUUCAGCUACAGUUCAAGCCUUUCAACAGAUAGCAGCUGAUGAACCCCCACCAGAAAGAUGUAAUGCAUUCUUUGUUGUCCAUGGAGAGAAGACUUGUACAUCUGACAGACUUGGAAUGCUCCUACAGACAGCUUUGGAAAGGCCAAAGCCUUUUGUAUUCAAAGGAGACCAUAAGUACCCAGGUUCAAACCCAGAAGGUCCUAUUGUAAUACUGUAUGCUGAGAUUGGCUCUGAAGACUUCUCCAAAUUCCACAAACUACUUGUAUCAAAAGUCAAUGCAGGGAAGAUAACCUACCUACUUAGGCAUUAUGUCGCUAAUCCAAGCAAAGAAAAGGUCUAUCUGUCAGGCUAUGGAGUGGAGCUGGCCAUUAAAAGCACAGAAUAUAAGGCCAAGGAUGAUACCCAGGUGAAAGGUACAGAUAUGAAUGCAACAGUAAUAGGUGAAAAUGACCCCAUUGAUGAAGUGCAAGGAUUUCUAUUUGGAAAACUCAGCCAGUUGCAUCCCACUUUGAAAGAAGAAUUAAAAGAACUAAGAAAACAUCUUGUUGAAAGCACAAAUGAAAUGGCGCCCUUAAAAGUGUGGCAAUUACAGGAUCUAAGUUUUCAAACUGCUGCCCGGAUUCUUGCUGCUCCCACUAUGGACACUUUGAUGGUCAUGAAAGAUCUAAGUCAAAAUUUUCCCACAAAAGCAAGGGCGAUAACAAAGACAGUGGUUCCUUCAGAACUUAGAUCAGAAAUUGAAGAGAAUCAAAAGUAUUUCAAAGGCACUUUAGGUUUACAGCUGGGGGAUUCUGCCCUGUUCAUAAAUGGACUCCAUAUAGAUCUUGACACACAGGAUAUAUUUAGCUUGUUUGAUGUCCUGAGGAAUGAAGCUCGUGUUAUGGAAGGGCUACACAGUUUAGGAAUUGUAGGUCUUUCCAUGCAUAAUGUAUUAAAGUUAAACAUCCAGCCAUCAGACUCUGACUAUGCUGUAGAUAUCCGAAGUACCGCUAUUUCAUGGAUCAAUAAUCUUGAAGUUGAUAGCAGGUACAAUUCCUGGCCUUCCAGUGUCCAGGAGCUGCUCCGUCCUACUUUCCCUGGUGUAAUCAGACAAAUAAGAAAAAACUUUCAUAAUCUUGUAUUAAUAAUAGACCCAUCUCAUGAGAACUCGGCUGAAUUGCUCACUGUGGCUGAAAUGUUCCUUAGCAACUAUAUACCAUUGAGGAUUGGUCUAGUGUUUGUGGUUGAUGAUUCCGAAGACGUUGAUGGAUUACAAGAUGCUGGGGUGGCUCUUCUUCGAGCCUACAAUUAUGUUGCACAGGAAGUAGAUAAUAAUUAUGCCUUCCAGACAGUCAUAUCAAUAUAUAACCAAGUAAAUGCAGGAGAAACUCUUAAGGUGGAACAUGUGGUUAGCAUUCUUGAGAAGCAAUAUCCUUACGUAGAAGUGAACAGCAUCUUAGGAGCUGAUUCUGCUUAUGAUCAAAAUAGGAAGGAAGGACAUAAUUACUAUCAACAGACAGGUGUGGGUCCUCUCCCUAUUUUGCUUUUUAAUGGGAUGCCCCUUCAAAAAGAACAACUUGAUCCUGAUGAACUAGAGACGGUGACAAUGCAUAAAAUACUUGAAACUACCAGCUUUUUCCAAAGAGCUGUGUACUUGGGUGAGCUGUCAAAUGAUCAAGAUGUGGUUGAAUAUAUCAUGAACCAGCCUAAUGUUGUUCCACGAAUCAACUCUAGGAUCUUGAUGUCUGACAGAGAAUACCUAGAUUUAACUGGAACUAAUAAUUUUUACAUUGAUGAUUAUGCCAGGUUUACAGUUUUGGAUUCCAAAGACAAGACAGCAGCUGUCGCCAACAGCAUGACUUACUUGACCAAGAAAGGAAUGUCCUCCAAGGAAAUUUAUGAUGAUUCUUUCAUUAGACCGGUAACAUUUUGGAUUGUUGGAGAUUUUGACAAACCAUCUGGAAGACAGCUGUUAUAUGAUGCCAUCAGACACCAGAAAUCCAGUAAUUAUGUCCGCAUUGGCAUGAUUAACAACCCCAGCAAAGACCCAGCCAGUGAAAAUACAUUCAUUGCCAGGGCCAUAUGGGCAGCCUUGCAGACACAAACAUCGAACAAUGCCAAAAAUUUUAUCACAAAGCUGACUAAAGAAGAGAAUGCAAAGAUGCUGGAAGCUGGAGCUGAUAUUACAGAAUUUGCUGUUGGAGGUAUGGAUAUUGCUGCAUUUAAAGCUGCCUUCGAAUCUUCCAAGGCAGAUUUUAUCCUUUCCCAUGCUGUGUACUCCAGGGAUGUUCUUAAACUGAAGAAAGGACAAAGAGCAGUCAUCAGUAAUGGAAGGAUUAUUGGUCCACUGGAAAACGAUGAGCUUUUUAAUCAAGAUGACUUCCAUUUGCUAGAGAAUAUUAUUUUAAAGACUUCCGGACAGAAAAUAAAGUCCCAUAUUCAGCAACUAGGAGUGGAGGAAGAUCUUGCAAGUGAUCUUGUAAUGAAGGUGGAUGCUCUUCUGUCUGCUCAGCCAAAGGGAGAGGCAAGAAUUGAAUACCAUUUUUUUGAAGACAGACACAGUGCAAUCAAGUUGAGACCAAAAGAGGGAGAAACAUAUUAUGAUGUUGUGGCAAUUGUUGACCCUACCACCAGAGAUGCACAACGACUGGCUCCCCUUCUUAUGGUAUUGACCAAACUAAUCAACAUGAACCUCCGAGUUUUUAUGAACUGUCAGUCGAAGCUCUCUGAGAUGCCUUUGAAAAGUUUUUAUCGCUAUGUUUUGGAACCAGAGAUCACAUUUACCUCAGACAAAGCUCUAGUUCCUGGCCCAGUAGCAAAAUUCCUGGAUAUGCCUCAGUCUCCCUUGUUUACUCUAAAUCUGAACACUCCUGAGAGCUGGAUGGUGGAAGCUGUAAGAACAUCGUAUGAUCUUGACAAUAUUUAUUUAGAAGAGGUAGAGAGUGUAGUGGCAGCUGAAUAUGAACUGGAACAUCUUCUUUUAGAAGGGCACUGCUAUGAUAUCACUACAGGGCAGCCACCUCGAGGUCUUCAGUUCACACUAGGAACAUCAACUAACCCUGUUGUUGUCGAUACCAUUGUUAUGGCCAACCUAGGCUAUUUCCAGUUAAAAGCCAACCCUGGUGCUUGGAUUCUGAGACUGAGAAAAGGAAGGUCUGAUGAUAUCUACAGAAUUUACAGCCAUGAUGGUACAGAUUCUCCUCCAGAUGCCAGUGAUGUUGUUGUUGUUAUCAGUAACUUCAAGAGCAAAAUUAUUAAAGUGAAGGUUCAGAAGAAAUUAGAUAUGAUAAAUGAAGAUUUAUUAAGUGACGGAACAAGUGAAAACGAGUCUGGAUUUUGGGAAUCUUUUAAAUGGGGUUUUACGGGUGGACAGAAGAAAGAAGAGGUGAAACAGGACAAGGAUGAUGUGAUCAAUAUAUUUUCUGUGGCAUCAGGUCAUCUCUAUGAGAGAUUUCUCCGCAUAAUGAUGCUAUCAGUGCUGAAGCACACACAGACGCCAGUGAAGUUUUGGUUCCUGAAGAACUAUUUGUCACCUUCAUUUAAGGAGUUCAUCCCAUAUAUGGCAGAAAAGUACAAUUUCCAGUAUGAGCUAGUCCAGUACAAAUGGCCAAGGUGGCUUCACCAGCAAACAGAGAAGCAGCGCAUUAUCUGGGGUUAUAAAAUCCUUUUUCUGGAUGUGCUUUUCCCCCUUGCCGUUGACAAAUUCCUGUUUGUAGAUGCUGAUCAGAUUGUACGUACAGAUUUGAAAGAGCUCAGAGAUUUCAAUUUGGAUGGAGCACCUUAUGGUUAUACGCCAUUCUGUGAAAGCCGUAGAGAGAUGGAUGGCUACAGAUUCUGGAAGUCAGGAUACUGGGCGAGUCACUUGGCUGGAAGAAAAUACCACAUCAGUGCCCUUUAUGUUGUGGAUCUGAAGAAAUUCAGAAAGAUAGCUGCUGGAGAUCGGCUCAGAGGCCAAUACCAAGGGCUUAGCCAGGAUCCCAACAGUCUCUCCAACCUUGAUCAGGACUUGCCCAAUAAUAUGAUCCAUCAGGUGCCCAUUAAAUCGCUCCCACAAGAGUGGCUUUGGUGUGAAACAUGGUGUGAUGAUGCUUCAAAGAAGAAAGCAAAAACUAUUGAUCUAUGCAAUAACCCAAUGACCAAAGAGCCCAAGUUGCAGGCAGCUAUGAGAAUUGUCCCAGAGUGGAAGGACUAUGAUCAAGAAAUCAAGCAGCUAUACAGUCGUUUCCACCAAGAAAAAGAAUCAGGAACACCUUCUACAAAAAAUGAAACAAAACAGCAAAGUCGAGCAGCAGAAAAUGCACAUGUGGAAUUAUGAUCCAUGGUGACAAGCCAAAUGGGACUAUUUCAUAGACAAUUUUUCUAUCAAAUGCUAGUUUUUUUCUAGUAUGCCUGCAAAACUGCUGAGAAACUGAAAGAGGGUGAUAAGGUGUAUGGCUUGCAAUUGAAUUUGAUUUUGGCAAAAGGAGUAGGACCUGGAUGAUUGGAAUUAAACUAAAUAGGUUUUUUGUGCCUGCAAAGAGGUGGAAGAGCCCAUGGAGGAAUACAGAAAUUCAGUCACAUUUGAAAUAUGUUGAAGAGUAGCAGUUUCUUCAACUUCUGGCUGAUUGUGCCACUGGAUAUCAAGAUCCUGUGAGUCAUCUUGAGAACAGCCCAGAGGAAAGGUAUUACAUGCAGGAUGAAAUGCUGAGAAUACACAGGGACUUCCUUCAUUCAAUAUUUUGACACAGAACUAACUUUCAGGUUUCAACAGGGCUUGUUAAUCAUGCCUUGAACUGACUGGCACAAUCACAGGUAUCAAAUGGAUGUGAGUUUUUCCCUCCAUUUCACGCCUUCAGUCCUUGUAAAAGAGACCCUGUUCUUGUAUUUGAAACAAGAUGUGUUGUGAAUAUCACAUUUGAGAAUUCAUUUUUUUAAAAAAAGUCAAAGAAGCCUACCCAAUUCAAAAAAUAUACAUUUGCAAAUAAAUGUAUAUUUUAAUGAAGCAAACACUGUGUGGUCUCUAGCACCACUUCUUCAUUUGGGACCUAUGAGGACAUAUUUCAGCUAGCAAAGACUGCAAAAUUAAUAGGGCAUUUUUGUGACUUUGUCACUUUCAUGAAUGUACUUUUGUUUAUUGAAAUCUGUGGACACCUUUCUUUAUCCUAUUUUAUUUUUUCUUGCAUACAAAAGCGAUGUCAGGUCAAUAAAGCCGUAGAGUUCUUACACCAUUUCCCCCCUAAUCUUUCUCCUUUGAAUUUCAUGCCCUUUAUCAUUUUGUUUUUAUUUUUAUUAAUGCUUUUUUCUCAUUUAAAAUGUCUUUUUUCUUGGGAGGGUAUGUAUGUUUGCAAGUUUCUGAUCAAAUUUUCAAAUGCAGAGAAUGUUUUCCUUUUGAUAAAAGACUUUUGAAGGAUA